AUGUCUACGGCGGUUGCACCUGCUACAGCCGCUCCAUUGCCGUCGCCGCAUAUGAAUCGCGAUCCGAGUCCAAAAAAUUGCCCGACCCUGGCACGGACAACGACAAGUUCCCACUCCAGUUUGACACCUCCACGAGCAUCUGGCGUCUCACAAGAUGGAUCUGCAGCGAAAGGUUCAUCACCGGGACGAAAGCACACAUCGCCAUCAUCACAAAGUGGAAGUAUCCCUCCCAAGGUGAUAGUGAAAAAAGAACCGCCAUCCUCGCCUGCUAUGCAAACUCAGACUCACACUCGGCCCCGACCCCGAAAGCUGGACCUCUCCACCAGCCUCCCGACUGCGGGAGGUCUUUCAGCUCGCGCUGCCGGCGGUCCCAUGACGGCCCGUGACGGAGUUACCAUGCUUGACGUUGGGAUCGCGUGCUUGUCACCGGGGUUUCAGACUCAUGAUCCAAUUAUGAGGGAGCAGCUUCAAAGGAGUCUUUCCGUGCGAGACCAGCAGAGGUCCAUCAUAGAAUCUCGGUUGCACAAGUCGGCCAAGGAUGACGGUCCGGAUGGUGUUAAACCAUCGGAGUCAAACACAUUUGGUGCCCCCAAAACGGGCGCCUUCAAGCGUAGACCUCCGCCUGGUCUGUCAAUCGUACCUCCGUCCGCUGCCCAAUUUGCCAACGAGCGCGUCAUUCAAUCGGCACCGCUGCAUCAAUCCUUUACCGGUCGAUACCAAGCGCAGCCGCUGACUCGGCACGUUGUGAACCAGAGCCCUACCCUCGGGUCAACUUCUCACAUUCACCAUGUCCCUGCUACUCAAACAAAUAAUCGCCUUCCCCCGCUAUCUGACGUCUUUGGCUCUGAAGCUCUAGGCUCCCGUGAUCGGGACCCUAAUCGCGGCACAUACUAUCAGGCUGUUGGCACAAAUCCGUCACAAUCCAAUAACCUUCCGCCGUUACCAUCUCCAAGGAUGCCUGGAUCUGCGGCGCAAGUGCAAGGUCGACCUCGGGAGUACCGAUCCGCAGAGGAGGCCGUCCAUGAAUUAGCUGGUGGACGUGAGGAGCUUCUACCGCGCAUUGUUCACUAUGGCGGCCACCAGCCUCCAACUCCACCGUCUCCUCACGUAACUAACGGACAAACCAAGUCGCGAACUAGUACGGACGCUGCGCCUUCAGCGCCCCAUCCGCCUGUCCAACCUGUAUUACAAUCAACCGAGGGCACUGCUCGCCGGCGCCCGAGAAGUGAAUAUGAACAGGAUAACGGAAGUCCUCCCUUGGGUCACGGCCCCGAACCUCACUAUCGACCUAAUCCAGCUCUAGCUUCUGGCGCAAACACCACUUACGGGCCUUUUGGAGCAGGCAGAGACUCUCCCGAGACACAACGGAGAAAGAAGGAGGAGUUUCUCAGCCUGUGUGCCAGGGCUUGGGAUCUUUUUCACUCAUGA